AAAUCAGAAAGAGAUAGAGAGAGAGAGAGAAAGAGAGAAAUACUCUAGAAUCUGGGUCUCUAAAUCUUCUUCUUCUUCAUCUCCUUCGUUUUCGAAAAUCUCUUACUCGUUCGAUCUUAAGACUCAUCCAUGGAGGUCAAGGAAGAGAAAGUGAUGGAGGAGGAGCAACGAGUUCCGGAGAAGACGAUUCCCGUGUUCACCGUGCUUAAAAACGGCGCGAUUCUCAAGAACAUCUUCGUUGUGAACAGUCGCGAUUUCUCGUCGCCGGAGAGAAACGGUUCCACUGUAAGCGAUGAUGACGACGAAGUAGAGGAGAUUCUCGUCGUCGGUCGUCAUCCAGAUUGUGAUAUUCUUCUUACGCACCCUAGCAUUAGCAGAUUCCACUUAGAAAUCCGUUCGAUCUCUUCUCGUCAGAAACUCUUCGUCACGGAUCUAUCCUCAGUGCAUGGGACUUGGGUUAGGGAUCUGAGAGUUGAGCCGCAUACUUGUAUCGAGGUUGAAGAAGGUGAUACGAUUAGGAUUGGUGGUUCAACAAGGAUCUAUAGGCUUCACUGGAUUCCUUUGAGCCGUGCGUAUGAUAUUGACAAUCCGUUUUUUUCACCACUUGAUGCGUCUACGGUAAUGGAGCAAGAAGAAGAGAAUAGAAUGAUUGAAGCAGAGAAUCUAGAGGUUGCACAACAUCAGUCACUAGAGAAUACUGCAUCAGGUGAUGAUGGGGAUAUACAUCUGGAUGUGACUUCAGAAGGAACUGGAUCAUCAGUCCUUAGUGAGGAUGAGGAUGAGGAUACGUAUGUUACGACAAGGGAGAUGUCGUUGCCACUUGCGUCUCCAAAUGUUUUGACACUAGCUGGAGAUUCUGUCAAGACAAAAAAGAUGCAAUUCGAUGAAGAUUUGCAGACUUCGCCAAAGUUGGACUUAGAUGUUAUGGAAGCUGUAGGAGAAAAGCUAGGUAGCAGCUUUGUCCCAAGUAAGGAGCAGAGUGAUGGCUACGUGGAGGGAUUAGGUUGUUCUGAACUUUUUGUUGCUGAAGAGGCCGAUGAAUGUGAUGUCAGAGGAGAUGGAAGUUUGCAUCUGAAUGUGAUAUCAGAGAGGAUGGAAUCAUCAGUGCCUAAUAUGACUGAAGCAGAAAAUCUAGAGGUUGCACAUCAGUCACUAGCGAAUACUGCAUUAGGUGAUGAUGGAGAUCUACAUCUGGAUGUGACGUCAGAAGGACCUGGAUCAUCAGUCCUUAGUGAAGAUGAGGAUAUAUAUAUUACGACAAGGGAGAUUUCGGUUCCACUUGCAUCUCCAAAUGUUUUGACACUGGUUAGAAAUUCUGUCAAGAUGCAAAAGCUACAAUUCAAUGAAGAUUUGCAGCCAUCAACAAUGUGGGACUUAGAUGUUGUAGAAGCUGCAGCAGAGAAGCCAAGUAGCAGCUGUGUCCUAGGUAAGCAGCAGAGUGGUGGCUACGUGGAAGGAUUAGGUUAUUCUGAACGUUUUGUAGCUGCAGAGGCUGAUGAAUGUGAUUUCAGAGUCAGAGGAGAUGGAGGUUUUCAUCUGAAUGUGAUGUCAGAGAGGAUAGAAUCAUCAGUGUCUAAUGAGGAGGAGGAUCCCUUUCUAGCUGAAAAGGAGACUUCAUCGCUUCCACUCUCAACAGAUUCCAUUAAUCCAGAAACACUAUGGCUCACGGAAGAUGUUCAGGCUUCACCAGAGUUUUCCACAAGUAGUUUAGAAGCCAACGCCGAAAAUCUUAGUGGCAGCUGCUCCCCAAGUAAGGAGCAGAUUGAUGGCUGCUUUGAAGCCUCAGGUUGUUCUGCAUUUGAGUUGGCUGCAGAGGUUGAGAUUCUGAGCCUUCAUCGAGAAGUCAGUGAAGAAACUGAGUUUGUCACAAAGGAAGUAAUGGGAGUAUCUGCUGAACCACUAGCUAAAGCUGAUAUUCUGAGUCACGAAGAAAAUGGAGAAACUGAGGGCUCAAGGCAAGUUAUUGAAGUAUCCCCCAAUUCAUUUUCUCAAGCUGAGCCAACUUUAGAAACUUUAACUGGAAAAGCCCAAGGCCGCGUAGGUUCUGAAUUCCUGAGUGGAGUUGCAGUAGAGACUGAAAGUGAGAACCUACUACUUCAAAAGAGCAUUGGAGAAACAAAGGCUGAAAUUCGGAGUCACAAUGACUAUAAAGAAACUGAGUGCUCAUGUCCAGUUAUUGCAGUAUCUCCCAGUUCCGUCUCUGAACCUGAGCCAACUUUGGAAGUUUUAACUGAUGAAGCUCGAUGCCUCCUAGGUUCUGAAUUCCUAAGUGAAAUGGCAGUAGAGACUGAAAUUGACAACCUACUACAUCAUAAAAGCAAUGGAGAAACAAAGGCUGAUAUUCAGAGUCACGAAGACUAUGGAGAAACUGAUAUCUCAAGGCAAGUUAUUGCAGUAUCUCCCAAUUCCUUCUCUCAAGCUGAGACAACUUUAGAAACUGUGGUUUCAAGGCAGGAAGCCCGAGGUCUCGUAGGUUCUGAUUCUGAAUUCCAGAGUGAAGUUGCCAUAGAGACGGAAUGUGAGAACUUACUAAAUCAAAAAAACAAUGGAGAAACCAAGGUCAGUUCAAGGCAGUCUAGUGCAGUAUCUGAUUGUUUGUUCACUGGAAAAGAUCGUCUUUCAAGUAUCAAUACAGAAGAUAUCCAAAGUCUAUGCUCGAGUUGGCAGCCACUUUCUGAGAGUGAAGUCGGGGCACCAUCUGAGAUCAGGAGUGAUGUGACUCCUGCAAGAGACCAGAAUCAAAAAUCAAGAAUGGCCAGUGAGACUGAAAAGAUAUUUGAUGAUGGGAACAGCUCGUGCCUUUCUGAGGACCUUAAACAGAGUUGUACACAAAGUUUCUUGUCAAAACCAAAUCAGAAACUCAAUGCAGAAUUGUUAAUUGGCUCUGGGAGAUCUGAAAAAUAUUACAGCCUAAGCGAAAUAGAGAGCGGAGAAAAUACUGACAUUGGAAGACUGUCUAGGUGUCUAACUCCUUCGGCCUUGGCUGCAGAAACAUUUGAGGAUACAAAACCGAUUGAAGAACUGUCUUCUGAUGAUACUGGAAGUCAAGAAAACCAGACCCCGCAAACACAUGCUUUUAGAAAUGAUGUACUGUCUGAGAUGGAUAGCUCAAGUACAUGCAACAUUUGGUCUAGGAGGGGAAAAUCUGCUUCUGUUCUUCAGAUCCGGACCAAGAAGAGUCAAGGAAAGCAAAAACAAAUUGGAAAUCAACCAAGAGACAAGUUGCAUAGAAAACAGGCUUUAAGUGACACUUAUGACAAGGAGAAUCUGACUGUUCAUCAUGGUGCAGAGAAACUGGAACCAGAGAUCUUUACUCCUGACAAGGAGAAUCUCACCCCAAGUUCUCAUAUGUUGAAAAGAUUACAAGAUAUUGGUGACGUGAAAGAUAGCAAGAGCUCUUCAAAGCUUUCUGGAAAAUCAUGCUCGUCACUUGUUCAUUCCAGUAUUGCUAUUCUUGCUUCAGAGGCAUUCACAGAACCAGAAAUCUUUACCCCAGAUAAGGAGAAUCUUACCCCAAACUCUCAUAUGCUGAAACGUUUGCGAGAAUUUGGUGAUAUUAAGGAUACAAAAGGCUCCUCAUCUAAAGCAACACGUAAACCAUUCUUUGAUAUUCAUUUGGAAGAAAAUGUGAUGGCGGAACAGAAACCAGAAGAUCUACACAGCAUGAGCAGCAAAUCAAAGGUGAAGCAUGAACCUCUACUUGAAAAAUCUUCGUCCCAAAGUCAGUCAUACACUGAGGCUUCUUCUACUGCAUCAGCAAAGAACAACAUUUCUAGGGGCAUUCGUUCUUCUUCUAUCCUUUCUGAUGGAAAGAGCAAGAUGAAGUGGACCAUUGUUGUGGAUACUUCUUCACUCCUCGACAAGGAGUCUAGGAAGCCACUGCACGUACUACAAGGUCUCAAGGGGACACAUCUUGUCGUACCAAGAACUGUGUUAAGGGAACUAAAUGAGGUGAAGCGCAGUCGUAGUUUUCUCUUCAGAAGAAGAACAGAGAUGGCUUCGUCAGCUCUGGACUGGAUCGAAGAGUGUAAGGUUAAUACAAAAUGGUGGAUUCAAGUCCAGAGCCCAUCAGAGGAAACCAAAGCAACUGCACCAACCCCACCAGUCACUCCUCAGUCAAAUGGCUCAGCAUUCCCAUUUUCACUUCACUGGAACAACUAUGCACCAGAGAUCGAUUCUCCUACAUCAGAAGAUCAAGUUCUAGAAUGUGCUCUUCUUUAUCGAAACCGUAACCGUGACGAAAGACUCGUUCUUCUUAGCAACGAUGUAACUCUCAAGAUCAAAGCCAUGGCAGAGGGUGUGAUUUGCGAGACGCCACAAGAGUUCUAUGAGAGUCUGGUUAAUCCGUUCUCCGAGAGGUUUAUGUGGACAGAGAGCACAGCGAGAGGACGAACUUGGAGCUAUUUAGACGAUGUCGUGUUGAGAGAAAGGUACAACAACCGAGCUUGUAGGAAAAAGUCGACGUUCAAUGGAGGAAGAGGAGAGAGUGGUGCAGCUGCAAAAGGCUUGAAACUCAUUUUGCUCCAUAACUCUCACUAUGGCCACACUCAUUGAUGAUGCAUCAUCAUCAUCAUCAUCAUCAUCAUCAUCAUCAUCAUCAUCAUCAUCUAUCACUAUAGCCAUAUUCAAUGAUGAUGCAUCAUCAUCUAUCAACUAUCAUGUUCCUUCUUUCCAAGUAAGCCAAAUAAAAUUCUACUCGCUUACAAAUGGUAACAGGGAAUAAUGUUUUUAGAAUGAAUGACACUUCUAUAAUGUGGCUACUAUUUCUGUUGUGGAAUUACGUUUGUCUUCCAACGGACCGUCACUUUACGAAUUAGAGUAAUGGAUUAAUCGUUAAGCUUAGAUAUCGACCACACAAUUUUCCAACGUAA